AUGACCAGGUGCACGAGCAAGAAGAACCCUCCCUUGCUGAAUCUCAACUUAAUGGCUCGGUUCCUCAUGGCCAUAACCAUCUUCAACCAAUCGACCUCAUCAGCUCGUAUUCUCGCUGAUCUAUCGCCGAACCGGCAGUCUCCAUAUGGCCGGCAACGCUUGAUGACCUUCUUCAUGCGAAGCGUACUCUGCGACGCCCAACCACCUUCUACCCCAAACCUCAAUGACCAGCUUCCUUUCCCAAACCCUGUAGGUAUCUUUCCUCCUAGUACUAGUCCUAGAGAAUCCGGAUCCGGAUCCGGAUCCGAAUACCCAGUUCCAGAAUCCUACCCUAACCCACCCACCGAAACCCCUUACAUGUCCGGCAUGCAAAGUUCUUUAUCGUUCCCAACCGUAGCGACUGCGACACUCCAAGGGUUGGAUUUGGGAGCUGUAACACCUAUCGAGGAGGAGUUAGUGGAAGGUUUGGAGAUUGGGUUUCCAUAUAUAUACCUGGGAAGAGCUAAAGGAGCUUAUGUGGCGAGCUCAGAUGAUGGAAGCAGUCACAUGAUGGCAAUGACUGCAAAGUUUGCUGACGGAGAAGAAGGUGGUGGUGGUGGUGCAUCUAAGGAUAGCUUGAGUUUCUUUGGUGUCCAUCGAACUGAUGUAUAUGAGUCUCACAUCUCUGUCAUCGGUGGUUCGGGAAAGUAUGAGGGUGCAAAUGGUUAUGCGACAGUGAAGGCUGUGACGAUGGGAUCUAAGAAUGACAGCACCUCCGCCACCGCCGCCUCAGCCACUGCCACCCUGCUUCAAUUCACCGUUUCUAUCACUUAUUAG